UAAUGCAUGCUGCAGUAUGAAAAUAAACAUCAGCUAAAACAUUAGCUGUCUAUGUUUGUUUCUGCAACGAGAUACAGAUACCGUAGUAGUACAUGUCUGCAGAUUUGGAAGAUCUAAAAAUAAACCAAAGGUUUAUAAUUUAUAAAUUAUUACUCAAUACAUACUUAAAACUAUAUACAGUGGAACCUCGAGUUACGACCGGUCUGGCAUACGAACAACUUGGGUUACGACCAAAGUCGAGUUACGACUCGAAUGACGGUCGAGGCCAAACCGUGCAUCUGCUUGUGCGGCUGUGAAGAAAGAGCCGGGAAGCCCGAAAGGCGCCUAAUCGUUUUGCACGUUUACGAUGUGGAACCGAAGUAGUAGCCGGAGCGCUGCCCUGGAGAGGGCAGCAGCGCAGCUGUCAGGACAAAGACUUUCAGCAAAAUCACAUGUUGUUAAGAGAAAUGAGCUCCAGGAAUACAUGGGCACCUUGUCUUUGAAGUCGGGUACAUUACUGUCCACAGUCAAAAAUAUGAAUGACAUCUCAUCUGAUGAAAGUGAAACCAAACCCCAGGAUGGCGUGCAUGACACUUCAGACAACAGACGUAUUAAGGAGGAGCCGGCGAUGGGGGUAGGGAGUAGGUUUCUGAAGAAGGCCCCCCCCCGUGACAGUCUCUCCGCCGCAGUGAGUAAGGCGGCCGCAGGGAGCUCAGUCUCCACGUGGCAGAGCCGCUCCCGGAGUGUGGCGCUGAGCCGCCUCGCACUGAUCGAGGACCGCAUCAGGAGCCGCAAACAGGCUGCCUCGGCUCCAGCGACGAGCCUGCGAGUACCCGACGAGGCCAGCGCUGUGUCACCCCCGUCCAGCGAUGACCUUGGUGCGUGGGGAAGUCGCUUCCUGAAGCAGAGGACUGCUCGACAGGAGCCAAAGAUCAUACCGCCCGGCAGCCUUGCCCCGUCACACGUUAGGUUCAUUAACGACGGCGCGAGCCUUUGCAGUGAUGAGGAGGACGUGGAGAACUCACUGGAAGGUUCCUGUGAUUCAGAGGACAGUUUGCUGGAAGUGAGCUGCUCUGUGUCUCAGAAGGGUGUCGAAGGAAAGGUACUAGGAAAGACUUUCAUUAAAAGCAGCACUAAGUUGCAGGUGGGCUCGCCACCCUCCAUCAAAGACAAGCCGCCCUCCCCAUUGACCCCAAGAUGGGGGCUGCAGGAGCUCCGCAGUGCCAGCCUUCAUCCUCAGGGGGGUCUCCCCCAGACUGUGAGGUCUGCCACGGUGGAAGAUUCCUUGUCCCCAUCUCCGCCUACAUCUCUGCCAACAACCCACUCUCCUGCGAAGACCACGUCUCCGAGGAUUAAGUUCUCGAGGGCCUCCACGUCGUCAGAUUCAGCACACGGUGACAUCAGAUCCUUAGAGGAGCUCUUUGUGCGAAGCCCAUCCUCCAGCGAUUCCUUUAGUGGAAGGACUACGCCGUUGGAGGAGUUCAGAAUUAAUAUCAUGAGCCUGGAUGACUUGCUGCCAAAUUUCGGGAAACCUGAGACUGACAGAGAAGAAAAGACCACAGUUGUACAAAAGGUAACUAAGGAUGCUGAGCUACCCUCACGUAGCCUGGAUGCGAGGGAUUCCAGUGAGACCGCAAACGAGGAUGGGAUUCGGCCAGUCGAAGAAGAUUAUGAAAGCGACUUUGAGAGCGAGAUCAAGACGGAAUCGGAUGGAGGUGUCUGUGACGCCUCUGAUCUCCAUGGGGACAGUGACGUGUCCACAGGUAGCAAAGGCCAGGCCGUUAGCCACUCGGAGAGAGACCACAGCCUCCAGCGAUCGGGAGAGGAGUCCCUCCAGUCAGAAUCCCAUAAAUAUCGUGAGUCAUCCGAAAAAAGUAACUGGGGUUCCUUUUCGAGAUCGGCUUCCCGAUCUGGUGCCAUCUCCCCACCUCGGAUUAAAGGCAGGAAUGCGAGGGAGGCAGCUACACAGACCCAGCCAGGUGGCACGUCCUACCACUGCGACACAGCUGCCUUGGGGCCUUCAAUAGGAAUGUCCUACGCAGACCCUACUCCUGUUGCCAGUCACAUCAUCAGUGCUGAAGCACUGGAAGCCCUCACUGCCUACAGCCCAGCCCUCUUUGCCCUCAAUGACAUGCUGAGGCAGCAGCUGACCCUCACCCGGCAGUUUGUGGAAGCCAGCAGGCACCUCCACACCUCGGCCCUCCAGUCCCUGGAACCUGUAGAGAACCACUACACAACGCUGGAGGAAACUAGGGAGUUCAUAAAACGUCACAGGUCCCCCAAGCUGACCGUGAAGGAGGCCAUGAAGGACGUAUUGCAGGAGAUGAGGAACUAUCACUACCUGUGAUGUGGAGGAACUGAACACAAGAGACUACGGCGCAAGCGUGCGUCAUGUGACAGUCACAUGGUCUCUGUCCGUAAUGUGGCACAUUUAUCUCUAGCUUGCUUUUGCAUGACGGCAGCAGAUCCCCCUAUCAGGGGCCAAAGAUCCACUACAGUCAGAUCGAAGGUGUAGAACUAACUGCAGACAGUCCACGUCUGACCAGGAGCUGGGAGGGAGCAAAAAUGUGGAACGUCUGCACAUCCUAGAGGACCAGGUUGGGAAACACUGAUCUAACGUAACUGCACUGGAAUCUUUCUCACGGAAUGUUUUGUUUGAUAGUCAAUAUGCCAAAAUGUUUAGCAGUAAAGUUUAUUUUUGUACAAA